AUGAAGUCUUUGAGCUUUCUGGCCGCGGGGCUCCUCGCCCUGGUUGGCUCCGCCGCUGCGACACCGAUUGAGCAGCGCGCCGCCAGCGUCAAGGGCUUCGACAUUUCGAAUCAUCAAAAGUCGGUCGACUUCAACAAGGCGUACAAGGAUGGCGCGCGCUUUGUUAUCAUGAAGGCCACCGAGGGCUCGACCUUCAUCGACCCCAACUUCAACAAGUUCUACACGGCGGCCACGAAAGCCAAGCUCAUCCGCGGGGGGUACCACUUCUGCCGGCCCGACGGAGCCAAGGCAUCAACGCAGGCCAACUUCUUCCUCAAGCACGGCGGCGGAUGGUCCAAGGACGGCAUCACGCUGCCCGGCAUGAUCGACCUGGAGGCAACCAACGGCCACCCGCAGUGCUACGGCCUCUCGCCCAAGGCCAUGGUGGCGUGGGUCUCCGAGUUCGUCGAGACGUACCACAAGGCGACGAAGCGCUACCCCAUGAUCUACACGGGGCCGGCGUGGUGGAAGGCCUGCACGGCCAACAGCCAGGCCUUCAAGGACAAGACCCCCCUCGUGCUCGCCCACUACGCGAGCGAGAUUGGGCCCCUCCCCGGCGGCUGGAAGAAGCACGCCAUCUGGCAGUACAACAACCAUGCCCCCUGGGGUGGCGACUCGGACCGCUUCAACGGCGACGCGGCGGCGCUGAAGAAGCUCGCUACUGGCUGA